GGAAGGGAGGCGUACAGAGGGGUGCGGAUGCGGAAGUGGGGGAAGUGGGUGGCGGAGAUUCGGGAGCCGAACAAGCGGUCGCGCGAUAUGGCUGGGGUGCUACUCGACCCGAUCGCGCGCCGCCGCGCCUACGACACCGCCGUACUACCGCGGCCGUCCGCCCGCCUCAACUUCCCGACGAGCUGGCGGUCGAGCAGCCGCCGAGCAGGACAGCAGCAACAACAACAAACAACAACAACAACAACAAACCUCAGACAGCAGUCUUCUCCUCCGCCGACGGCCUCCCUUGUCGGCCGCCUCCAUCCGCAAGAAGGCACCGAAGUCGGCGCCCGCGUCGACACGCCCCAGACUGCCGCCACCACCACCACCACCACCAGAAAGACAGCGGCAGACUGCCAUCACCACACACCAGCACGACGACCAGCAGAACGGCGCGGAUUCCGAAGAAUCCGGAUCUCAAUCAGGAGCCGAGCCCGGAAAACUCCGACGACGAUUGAGAAGUCGACGGCCGUUUUUAUGUAAUUUCUUCUUUCUCCUCCUCUUUUUUUUUCUUUUAAUUUUAAUUUUAAUUUUUUUUUUUUUGGGUUGUUGUUGUUGUUGUUGUUGUUGUUGUUGUUGUUGUUGUUAAUUUUGGGUCUGUAAAUUAGGAGGAGAGGAAAGGUAAAGGAGGUGGGUGGCCAAAUUUGAUGCGCGUGUCGUGCGCGAGUGUGGGGAUGAGGAUGUCGCACGUGCGGCGGAAGAGAUAAGGCAGGGGAAAAAAAAUUCCUGUUCGAGGAGUCGCCAUCGCCAUCGAAGAAGAAGAAGAGAAGAGAAAUCUAAGAAGGAAAAAAAAAAAAAAAAAGGAAAGGAAAUUUUAGUGAGGAGCUCUCCAACGACGUCUCGAUGUUGUAAUUAUUAGAUAAAAUAAAAUAAUACGUGACAGUAGAUCGGAAGCUUUCUAAAUUUUCGAAAUCGGAGAAGAGGAGGAAGAAGGGGGAAAGGGGAGCUAAGCCAAAAGUGGCGGCCACCCUAACCAUGAUGAGUUUGAUGUAAAAGUGAGAUUAAAAAAAAAAAAAAAAAAAA